CCCUGCGCAGAGAGAGCUGAUCAUAUUUCACUUAGCUCUUUAGCUCGGACAUUUUUAUCCUAACAAAAUUCUGUGGAAAACAUUUAAUUAUUUAUAGGCUAUGUUCCGCGAAUUGCAUAACAAAAGUUUUGGCUUGUGUCCCGGGUUGAGUGUGUGUCUGUUUGUGUUUAUAGUAGGCACGCGUAGCAGCCAAUUCGCUCAAGCUUAUUGUGCGAGUUAGACAUUUUAUUGAAAUCUGAAUGCAUGUGUUGGAGGUUGUUUCCCCAACUGGUAUUGCACUCUUAACAGCUGGACAGUGCACCAUUCACUAGAGAACAGGUGUGUUGUCCAACUAGUCAGGUGCGGAACGAACCCAGAGGUCCUAUCCACUUUAAGGCCUCGUGACUUCGUGUGCAAGGUUUUAAUGUUUAGUGCAAAAACAAAUAUUUUUAUGCAAGUCAGCCUUGCAUGACUGCCUGGGGGGAGCAAGUCAUUUCGUACAGCAGAUUCUAACAUCUAAACAUGGGCACCAAACAGACCAAAGGUGUUGGGGGCCAAGAGGCUGGGCCCAGCCCACAGCACGGGUGGAAACGGACCCCUACCAAGGAGAGGGGUGACAUCUUCACCUCCUUCAUGUUGAGGUCAGGGGACCGGCUGAGUCGUGGAGGGUCCCCUCCGCCCUACCAGCGCCGGAUAGGCAUGAUCCAGGAGAUGAUGCUGAUGGCCAAGCAAGGCAAACAGGACAAGGCCACAGAGAUGCUGCAGACACUCCGGCAGGACUUGGGGAUGGAGUCCACGUCUCUGGAUGACGUGCUGUACCGUUACGCCAGCUUCAGGAACCUGGUGGACCCCAUCACCCACGACCUCGUCAUCAGCCUGGCCAGAUACAUCCAGUGCCCCCCCAAGACAUGCCCGGAUUCUCUGGGUGCCAUGGAGAAGGUGUGUCGCCAGCUGACCUAUCACCUGAGCCCACACUCACAGUGGAGACGGCAGGGCAUACUGAAGAGGAAGCCGCAGGCAUGUCUCAAGGUGAUGCUGUCGACCCCUCCCCCUAACGGGGCGCUGGACCUUUCGGGCAUCCCCCUGACGGUGCGUGACAUGGAGCGCCUGUGUGCCUACCUGCAGCGCCACGCGCCCAUCAUCUGCAGCCUGGAGCUGGGCUUCACCGAGCUCACCGACGACGCCUUCCUCCUCCUCCUGCCCACGCUGGCCGCCCUGCCCCGCCUGGAGACCCUGGCCCUCAACGGCAACCGACUGACCCGUGCUGUCCUCAAGGAGCUGACGGACAGCCUGAAGGACCCGGCCAGCUUCCCCAGUGUCACAUGGAUCGACCUGGGCAACAACGUGGACAUCUUCUCCCUGCCCCAACCCUUCCUGGUGAGUCUGAGGAAGCGCUGCCCCAAGCAGGGCAACCUGCCCACCAUCCUGGAGUUUGGUGAGAGCCAGGCCAGCGAGCCUGAGGGGAGGAUUGAGGAGAUGAUGGAAGAGUUGCUGGACUUUGACCUGGAGGUGCAGGGGAAGGAGAACGAGAUCGAGGACAGCAUGUGGACAAUGGAGGAGCAGAGGAGGGAGGAGACACGGGGACAGGGAAUUAGGAAGAUGGUGGAGCUAGAGGAGGAAGACACACAGAGUCAGUCCUCCCACUUGUCGUGCUCCAGCCAAUCGCAGCAUUCUUCUGGAGCGGUUGAACUGAUGAAGGAGGAAGAAGGAGAGGAGGGGACUGAUCACUUAGACCACCUGACCUGAGCAAGAACCCCGGUCCACUCUGCUUGGAACUUACCCUCCCACGUUUUGUCUAGAAUGAGAAGAGCAGUACCAGCAAGCAGUGAACGUUCGUAUAACGUUAGGUAACGUUCUUGGAAUGCAUAGGUAACCGGAAAUUGUUUCCUGGGUUGGACAUCUGGGGGAGGGGCUCUGUCAUCUCAACCGACUGGAAUAGUUCCGGAAUAACCAACUGAUCUGGGUGGACUGUUCGUCCAUGGAUGCACAGUUUAAAGAGAUGACAAUCCAGGUUGAAAGAGGACAUUUGUGAUAACUGUUAUUGUUGUUUCAUUAUGAAUUAGGAUUAUAAUCCUCUGUAGUAAAGAGUAAUAGAUAUAUUAUAUAUCAAAUGUAGAAAACAAAUAAACAUUUUCUAAUAAUGGGUAUGUCAUAUCUGGCACGUUUGAGAUGUUUCAUUCAGGUUUUACUCCCUGCUCAUCCUGUCCUAUAGUUGGAGGAAUGCCUAUGUGCCAGCCACUUGUUCCCCUGUUGGUGGAGAGACUGUAUGUCAGAGAGAGAGAGACAGACAGAUGGCUGAUGGAUGGACAGACAAACAGACAGGUAGAAAGACAGAAGAAGAGCGGUAAUCCCAGACAGCUUUGGUCUGUGAAAAAGCUUGCAUCUUUCUCUCUGAUACUACAGUACGUCUGUGUCUCUAUCUCUCUGACCAGCACUCUCUUCACCAAUCCUACCUACCCAGUAUUUUUUUAUGCAUAUGCGUGCUCCAGUGUGUCGAUUUCCGAUGUGAUCUGAGUGCAGUGAGAGAAACAAGUGCUAUUGGCGGAAAGAAUUGAUGGAAACCAAAAAAAAGAUUGGUUGUAAGGCGGGUUAAAAGAUGUUGACUAUAAGGCUCAUGAUUGUAAAGCAUGUGAGGGAGGAGUCUGUUACUGUGACGAAAAGCACUGUUUAGGCUAAGGAAAAGGGCUUAGGAGCUACGGUGACAGGAGCUACGGUGACAGGCGCAACGGCUACAGGCGCUACGGCGACAGGAGCUAUAACAACCCAUCUUUAGUAGCCUCACUUGUUCCCUUUAUCCCUGCCAGUCAUGUAGAGUGCACGUAUCACUUGUAACUUUUGUAUCAACACGUUUAAUAGGAUUUUGUUGUGUGGUUACAACAAUGCCAUCUAACAUGGACUGUCUCUAGGCUACGGCUAUAGAACAUUCCCUCAUUCUCAGUAAAUAUGUAGCUCUCGCACAGCGUAUGUUUUCCCAUUUGUAA